AUGUCCUGUCUGUGCCGCCUCCUGCUCACCUGCCUGUUCCCGGCCCUCCUGCUCCACGGGCUGGGAGAGGGUUCUGCCCUCCUUCAUCCAGAUAGCAGAUCGCAUCCGAGGUCCUUAGAGAAAAGUGCCUGGAGGGCGUUUAAGGAAUCUCAGUGUCAUCACAUGCUCAAACACCUCCACAAUGGUGCAAGGAUCACCGUGCAGAUGCCACCAGCGAUCGAGGGCCACUGGGUGUCCACUGGCUGUGAAGUAAGGUCAGGCCCGGAGUUCAUCACACGGUCUUACCGGUUCUACCACAACAACACCUUCAAGGCCUACCAGUUCUACUAUGGCGGCAACCGCUGCACCAGCCCCACCUACACGCUCAUCAUCCGGGGCAAGAUCCGCCUGCGCCAGGCCUCCUGGAUCAUCCGCGGGGGCACGGAGGCCGACUACCAGCUGCACAGCGUGCAGGUCAUCUCCCACACCGAGGCCGUGGCCGAGAGGCUCAGCCAGCUGGUCAACCGCACAUGCCCCGGCUUCGUACCCGCCGGGGGCGCCUGGGUGCAGGACGUGGCCUACGACCUGCUGCAGGAGGAGGACGGCUGCGAGUGCACCAGGGCCGUGAACUUCGCCAUGCACGAGCUGCAGCUCCUCCGCGUGGAGAAGCAGUACCUGCAGCACCACCUGGACCGCCUGGUGGAGGAGCUCUUCCUCGGCGACAUCCACACCGACGCCGCCCAGAGGACCUUCUACCGGCCGUCCAGCUACCAGCCUCCGCUGCAGAACGCUAAGAACCACGACCACGCCUGCAUCGCCUGUCGAAUCAUCCACCGGUCGGAUGAGCACCACCCUCCCCUCCUGCCCCCCAAGGCCGACCUGACCGUCGGCCUGCAUGGCGAGUGGGUGAGCCAGCGCUGCGAGGUGCGGCCCGAGGUCCUCUUCCUCACGCGCCACUUCAUCUUCCACGACAACAACAACACCUGGGAAGGGCAUUACUACCACUACUCUGACCCGGUCUGCAAGCACCCCACCUUCACCAUCUACGCCAAGGGCCGCUACAGCCGGGGCGUGCACUCCUCCAGGGUCAUGGGGGGCACGGAGUUUGUGUUCAAAGUGAACCACAUGAAGGUCACCCCCAUGGACGCGGCCACCGCCUCGCUCCUCAACGUCUUCAACGGGAAUGAAUGCGGGGCUGAGGGCUCCUGGCAGGUGGGCGUCCAGCAGGACGUGACGCACACCAAUGGCUGCGUGGCCCUGGGCAUCAAGCUACCUCACACGGAAUACGAGAUCUUCAAAAUGGAACAGGAUGCCCGCGGCCGCUACCUGCUCUUCAACGGCCAGAGGCCCAGCGACGGGUCCAGCCCGGACAGGCCCGAGAAGAGAGCCACGUCCUACCAGAUGCCCUUGGUCCAGUGCGCAUCCUCAGUGUCCCGCCCCGAGGACUUCUCCGAGGACCACAGGGCUCACCAAUUCAGGAGCCGGGCGCCUGCAGGGAGCACCUGUCCCCUAUGGCUUGCUGCCCUUGCCUGCCUUUUGACGCUACUGCACUGGAAUAUCCUCAGAUAG